AUGAGACUGAAAGGGGGACAGGACAGACUGUACACAGAGCUGAGGAGCGGGAACAAGGGAUGCUGCGGGACCUCCGUGCUCUCCGCACACAGUGAGUCGUCUCUGCAGGCCAGGACUUUAAACAAACUAAAUAUUUCUCUCCUUUUGUUCCCCUGCUCAGCUGAGAGCGACUGUCAGGCUGAAAAAGGGGGCUGACAGAUCUGCCCUGAGAGAAAGUUCAUGAUUACAGAACACGAUCAUGAAAAAUGAUCAAAUGACAACUUUUGUAGAACCUAAAAAAUCUAGAGGUAGAUUUUGUUUUCAGUUUUUUUGUUGUUGUGACUGCUGAGAUUCAUGGGCAAUGUAGUUCUGAAACUGUAUCAAACGGGAUAAAGUAUGUUUUCUAGAGCAUGUUUUGCAUGUUGAUGGGGAAGUAUUAUCUUUUGAAAGCACUCUCAUUAUUUCCUCUCUCUUCAUUCUGUAAACUGUGUCUCAGGUGGACAAACAUAAUCUAAGCAGCUGCAGCAGAGAUUUCGCCAGGUCUAACCUGCAGCAGGUGUGCACUCCCCUGGGAGACAUCUGAGUCUGCAUGAAAGUAAUGACAUUUCUAAAAUCAUAAAUCCAAACCAGUGAUUUCUCUCUGGAAAAGCAAGAAGAGUUUUCUCAAGUGCAUUUUCUUCUAGUUAAUUUUACUCAACUAAUUUGGCUGUGUGCAGUGUGAUUGGUUAAUUUUCUUGUUCUUCAAGCUUUAAUAAACUUGCUCCUGCAGAGGGUUUUCAGCUUUUCAGAUAUUCAUUUAAUCAAUACUGUAUAAAGAAGCCUAUGAAGUGUGGAUUUUAUUAGUCUGGACAUAUGUUUGGUUUAAUGCUGCAAAACAAUCAGGCCUUUAGCAUUAACAUUCAUAAUAUCUUUAAAACUAAUUAGUUUGUAUCUAGUCUGUCCCUGGUGUCUGUAGACAGAAAAAUUCAGACAACAAUCUUUCUCAAACCAGGCUGUAAACAUGUUCAUUUCUUCUGUAAAGAUGGACUUGGUGUGUAUGUGACUUCGGAGGGUUUUGCAGCCAGCCUCAAGUGGACACCUGAGGAACUGCAGUUUUUAGAUUAGAGAUUGCUGCUUGUCAAAGUACGUGUGUGACCAAGAGACUGCAGACUCUGAGUCCCACAAGUUUAUGAAUAAGAAACACAUGGACACUCUGUGACUCUGUGUCUCUUUAUUUCAAUCAGAUCCAGGUCUCGUUGAAGUUUACAGUCCAGAGUCUAUAAGGAGAGUCAAAGAGGAAACAAAUGGACUAUUCCUGUGUGUCCACGUGGCUCAGAGGAUAACCAGACUGACUGGGACUCCUGAGAUUGUGGAUUCGAGCCUUCUCCAGGGCAAGGUGAAUUUUAAAGUCCAGGGGCCAGAGUACCAAGAUAAAAGCGUGCAGAGCUCCACUGCGCCACCAGAUACCAUCAGCACCUGGGGAUGAAGUAAUCAAAUAAAACUCCUACCUUCACUGCCUGUACCUAACUUAACUACAUUAUACUCCAACUAAAUAAACUACACACUUACACUCCCCCAAAAAAAGUAUGAACAAAGAAAAACAAUCCACAAAAGGAAAAACCCCACAGCACAAAAUCUGUGCUGAGGAUAUCAAACUGGACUGCGGUGAGGGUUCAGAGAAGCUCUCAGGCUUCUUCACUGAUCAAGUUAUGUUUUUUUAUAACCGUGAUGUCUUUUGAAACAGUAAAAAAAAUUAACAAUAAAUAAGUGAAAAGUUUUACUGAAUAUGUGCUUAAGAUCUGUUUGCACUUAUUUUUGCAUCACUGUCAGAAAAGGUGAUACAAGUGUCAAAUAUCUAUGAAUAAAUGAAUAAUUAAACCUACAGCCGUGUUUGGUGUUAUUAUAUUUGUGUCUAUUACAUCAAUAAAACGUGGGACUUUUAACCCUAGUGUUUAAUGUGGUUCUCUCACGAUUUAGUAAAAUAGUCUUAAUAUACAUUGCACUUACAGAAAACACUACAAAUAAAGGGAACUAAAUGCCUAAUUAGUGAACAAAAGAGAGCUUAAAAUAAAAAUGUCUUUAAUGUUGAGUCACUGGACUUUGACAGAAAUGCACAUCCACAUUAGAUUAGAAUUGUGACCUGUAAAUCAAAAUAUUUCUUUAACUCACAGGUUUUUAGAAGUUGUUCUUGUCACUUCCUAUUUUAGUGCAUUUUAUUUAUUGUUGAGAAUUUUGGCAAUUAGGAGCUUCCGAUGUAAAUAAAAAAUAAAAGUGAAUAAAAACAUUUAUUUAGGUUAGAAAGAGUAUAAGUCACUUUCUAUUGCUACGACACAACUCUGGACAUGGACUUAAAGCUUGUGAGUGGGUAAUGAAAUUAUGGAGAUGAAAAAUUAGAAAACUGUUCAGAUUCACUCCUUUUUUAAUCGUUCUUACAGAACUGUAGGCUGACAGUAGAUAAAGUCCACUAGAUGCUUCAAGAACAACAGGCUACGAUUUUAUACUAAAGGUAUGUUUCUGUCAGAUACAAAGGUUUACUAAUUUAUUGAAUUAUUCUUAUUAAUAAAGACUCAUAAAAUGUGUUGGUAUAUGAUUUUUUUAUUGUAAAUUAAGUGGAAUAAUAUAUUCAUUAUUUAUAGCAGGGCAAUUUGUGUGGAAAUAGCACCCUCUGGUGGACAAUUAUAUUUGAUUGAGUUUUUUUUAUUUUUAUUUUUUAAUAUUUUUUCUUUUGAAGAAACCACCAGAGUUUACGUCUAGAAUUAAAGAUUUAAAGAUGAAAAUAUCUUAAUAUUGUUAGCGUAAUGUUACAGACUUUUGACUUUAAGACUACUUGUUUAAUUUUGUCCAUAUUUAUCUGAUUUCAAAACAACAUUAUAUAAAAAUGCGGCUGCUUCAGCAAUUCUGUUACUUUAAAGUCAUGACAAAAAAAAAAAAAAAACUUACACUGAUUUAAUUAACAGAAGUCAAUCAUACGCCUGCCUGUGUGUUUCCAUGCAGUGAAUUAGAUUAAAAAAACAUUAAUGUCAGCUGAUUUGAUUUUUGGGGAAUAAAUUAAUUUAAUCGUAACCCUGAUAUUUCGAGCUCUAUGUUUUCUUUAAGUUGUGUCUAAUCUACAACGCAAUAAUUAAAUUUUCCAGUAAUUAAAACACCGAUGAACUUUAAAAACACAGAUGAUAACAUCACCUGAGAGUAUCUCUGUUUGAUGAUCCUCCUCUUGAUCAACAAGUGUCGAAGUUGUCGGAAAGACUGCUUGGAGAGGAAGUGACGUAUGUUUCACACACGCGCAGUACAAAUUGGGUUUCCGGGUAGCGGCAGCAAGAGGUCGAAGAUUUAUGAUGUUUUGGCAUCUUUUCUAAUUUUAGAUCAUUAUUAGGUUAAUAGUUUGUUUUUCCAUCGGAUAUCUGAAGGUAAGUUUAUCUAAUGCGAAGUGGAGGUCAAGGAAGACGGAACAGAUCUUGAAUUAUUCGCCUUCAGUCGAUAAAAUUGAUUUAAACGCAUAUCUUGAUAUUUUAAUACGAGUCAGUAGAAUAUUUGAUUGUUAUUGGUGGUCAUUUGUAAGUCUUUUACAUUCAAACAGAUUUUUAAGUCUGACCAACCUGAAUAAUGUUAAAAAAUGUUGCUAGGGUGUUUCGGUUUAAACGGUGACUGUGCUAACUGAGGACGUCGGUCGAACCUGUCCUUCCCUUAUGUUUGUCACUGCAGGCAGAUCGUAGCGCAUUGUGACAUUUUGACUAAAAAAAUUCAGUAGCAUUGGGAGGAUCUUUUCCGUUUUUAAUCACCUAGUAACCUGGGUAACCACUGAAUGAGUUUGGCUGAAAAUCACCAGCUCACAAGGUCACUUUAGGUCGGGGUCACAGCAGGUGUUGUGCCGUAGAUUGCACCCCUGCUGUAGAAUGCAUCCCAUCCACUCAUUAGCUUCUUAAAGUGGAAGAAAAUGAUCUCAUAUUAAAAAACACACGAGUAUUGGAUCAUGACAACAUGUCAAAUGGCGCAGCAAAUUUUCGUUCUGUUUUUAUGUGUCUCAAAAGUGCACAUACAUAGGUGUACUUGGGUAUGUAGACAAUACAGUUAGCUGUCAAGGUAGAGAACAUUAUGUUUUCGGGACAGCAAAUAAUCAGAGGGCGAUUGUUUUCGGUUUAUCUGAAUAGCCUGAAUGAAAUCCUUAAAGACACACUCUUGAAUCCACCCGACUGUAAGGAAAAUUUGGAUUAUUUCGCCAUUUUAUGUAUCUUCAACCGCGCUCCCGUCAGGGGGGCAUUCUACGACAGGGGUGCAUUCUACGACAUAACACCAGAGCACCGGCUAUCUACAAAUGCCAGAUGAUCUCUCCAAAGAUUUCAGAAUUUAAUCAAACAAUGAGAUGUUUUGAUUUGGGCCUCAGCAGGCUCCUGUCAGCAUGGUCAUGUACAAUACAUGUCUGAAAUUUCACUUCUCAGGUGUAAAAUAAAAGAAGUGAUAUUGACAUUUGCAUUGUUGUCACUGAUAGAACAAAUAAUUCAUAAAAUCCAAAGAGACUUGAACAUCUCUAGAUUAAGGUAGUCCAGAUCUUCCCUCAAAUCUGAAGCUGCUGAACUCAGAGUCCUGUGGUCCAAUGACAUUUAAGAUGACUCAGUUAAGUCUUAUUAUUGGUCUUUAUUGUUGGUACAGUUGUCUUAAUUUGUGUGUUUCUGUCCCUCUAUCCCUCCUCAGAUGGCUCCUAAAUCCUUGAAUCCUCUGGCUCUAAAGCUGAUGAGGGGAGUGAUUGCUCUGGAGCUGGUGGGCGUCUUUGGGGUAUACGGACUGUUUCACAUGAUGAACAACAGCAGAGGUGUGUUUUUAAAGCUGAAUUAAAGAUAGAAAUGUGCUGCAAACACUUACGCAUAUGCUUUAACACAUUAUGCUUUAUAAUGUUAAAGUUGUGUUUAAUCUUUCUUUUGCAGAUUUUAGGGACAAAGUGAACAGGAGGUUUCCAUCCGUACUGGAAGGUGAGCAGAUCAACAUCCUCAUCCUCUGCUGUGGUUAGACAAUUUAAUAACAGUUAAUCUGUCAGAUCAAAAAGCAAACUUAAAUGUUUGAAUAAAGGACAUGAUAUUUUCACCUGUAGCUUUAACAACACCUAACUGUAAGUCAAAGAAAUCAUUCAGACACAGGGAAACUCCAAAGGGAAUCAGACUCUAUCUGAAAACAGUAAUAUUUUAUUUUUGAUUGAACUGUACACUCAUAAACGUCUGGUUUGUAAGAAAUAGAUGAUGAAACUUGUGUUUUCUUGCUUAUGUUUUCAGUGUUCUGGGUUACAAGUAGGAUAAACCUUGAUAAUCUGAUCACCUGAAGUCUUAAAUUAAAAAUCUGUGAGUCAAAUUAACAUCACAUCUAACGUAAGCAUUCGGCCACUUCCUGGUAAACAUUAAUGUUGAAAGUCACAGAGAAAUUAUAAUGAUUAUUUCACAGAUGAAUACACUGGAGGCUCAAACACUCACGUGGGUGUCUGUUUUUACAGCCCGUUAGCUCUCCUCGUAAUAUGGUGUUACGGUUGAAUCAGAGACCUUUUUAAAUGGGGCCUUUCAGCUUGUUUCUAUAACCACCAUGUAAUCAUUGAGCUGGAGGUCAUGAGUAUCUGGGGUUGCUGUUUAAACCAUAGCACCGGUGGUCUUCAGGAUGAGAAAUUUUUCUUGUAAACUUGAUAUUUCUUUCAAAAUAUAAUAAUAAUAAUAAUUCAUAAUUAUUGAUUGCUCGAUGAGGUGAAAACACACCGACAUGAACCUAAACUCUUCCAAAACAGGAAUCUUUAAAAUAAUUACCUUUAAUUAUUAUUUUACCUUUAAGUAUGACCCGGUCUCUCUCCUGACUGUCUCUUUCUUUAGAUCUGUAAGAUCACCGUAAAUAUUCAAUAUGUCGAGGUUUGUGACCCAGAACACUGUAAUACUGCAUGACAGGCUAGUUUCCCACUCUGGGCAUGAUGUAAUAAAAAGAUGGCCACCAUAGGAAAAUAAUUAAAUCUGAUGAUUAAUGUGUGGUAAAUAUGUAACCAUGACAACAUAAACUGUUUACCAAAGUCUUUAAUUUGACUGAAACAGUCAUGGCUCCUGCUCAGAUCACGUUUUCUCCUGUUAGAUCCUGAACCCUCGCCUCUCUCCUUCCUUUCAGUUUAUUACAAAUCCAACGAGAUGGCGGGAAUCUACGGGGUCAGAGAGCAGGACCACGAAUUCUGGGCGUCCAAACAGGACUGA